AUGUCAUUGGUUAAUCGUAUGACAUUUUCAUUUGUGAAUAUCGAACUCGAAAAAUCAGCUCACAAAGACGUUUGCGUUAUAGUAAAUGAAUCUUCUUAUCAAAUAACUGAUUGGUUCAAGAAGUGGACAGUUCCGAACACCAAAACAACCAAAGGUCUUUCUUGGGAUAACCACCUCUGGCAGAAUGUUGUCAGCAACGCAAAAAUUAGUCCAUCAGCUUAUGCGGUAGCAGUUGGAACUUGGUGGUCUUUGAGCGAAGGGAUUUUGGAUGAACCGUACAGUAAAUUUAAUGCGACACUUGUUCCGAAUGUUGACGGAUAUUUAUUUAAUUACAAUUUAUGUUCUGAAACGGUAAAUGAAGUAACAAAAAGUAACGUCAUGAAAGGUCCUAAUGAUGGUUGCCUUGAGAAUGCUCCAAAUUGUGGAAGCUGUUGGCAAAAUGGAAUAUUUGGCAUGGAGAUGAAUCAUACCACUGCAGUAGAGGUUGCCACGGCUGCCGAGAAUAUCUAUGAAGGCAAGACAUAUUGGACCGUGAUUAAGGAAACGAUGAAUCUAGCAGGGUUUAAUUCAGAAAGUGAUGUAUACAAAACCUUGCUGAAAUACUUCCCAAAUGAUGCAUCUGUUCCAGCUUUAGACGACAAUCUUGCAUGCCUAAAUUCAUCUUCUGAUUAUCCAAGCUGGUGUAUGGUUGAUACAAAAUUCUCUAACGGAUUUGAAGGUGUCAAUAAUACAAUUAAUAUUCUUGCGAAUUAUUAUGCAAAUUAA